UUCUCAGUUUGCUUGAAACCUCACUGAUUCUAGGUUUUGGGUGGAAUUUCUGCUACGCUGUGUUAACAGGAUGCAGUACAAAGCACCACCUUCUUGUCCUAACUGUAGACACAAACUUCUUACAAGGUGAUAAGCGGUGAACUGGCUUGUACUUCUUACAGAUGGAAGCUGCCUGAGACUGAAGAUGAGACACACAAGGCAGGGAUCAGGGUGUAGGCUGAAAGCAGAGCUUUGCUACAAAGAGGCGUGAGCACAUUGCUGUAUGGAACACAGAUAGAAACUGGAGUUGUUCUGCCAGGAGGUGAGGUCUUUGUGUCCUGUGUUUUCCCAGAGAUUCCAGCCACUGUAUAGUUUUUCUUCAGGAGGCAAUCAGCACAUACAAGGGCCAGCUGAAAACUGGUUUGAUAUCUCUAGGAUCCAAAGUGAAAUAUUUGCGAAACAGGCCUGAGAAGACAAUUCUAGAUAUACAAGAAUAUGUUUUUAGUAUGGAAUAAUGCAUUUCACGGGAGUCUACAAAACUGCACCAAUUUCUCCAAGUCAGACAACAAAAACACAUCUAGCAAAUUAAUACUGAGGAAACAAACAUGAAAGAAAUAGAAGAAAACAUUGACUGCACUAAACGUAACAUUAUUGACUCUAAAAUGGCAGCAUUUAUUGGUAGCUGGGAGAUGAAGAAAACAGAAGUCGAAUCUCAAAACGUGAUGGAAAAACAGAUCAAACACACUGAAAAUGAUGUUAUGGCUACUCUGGAGACAUCAGACAAAACCUUGGAUAUCAAACAGGAACCUGCUUGUUUGCUUAGUGUACCAGAAACUUUUGAGGAUGUUGCUGUGACUUUCUCGGACGAUGAGUGGAAGAUGUUAAAAAAACAAGAUAAAGACCUUUACAGGGAGGUGAUGGUACAGAACUAUGAAGCCAUGCUUUCAGUGGGAUACAGAAUCUCUCCAAAGGCAUUACUGUUAUUAUUAAAGGGUAGCGGACUGCCCAAGGGAAAGCAGGAGAGGAUGAAUAUCGCAGACGAGCAGUAUAAUCUUGAAGAUGUACUCAACAGUAUUAGAAGCACUGAUUCCAGCCUGAAUUGCAUUUGGCAACAAUCACUUUGGACACCGCAGUUUCAGCAUCUGACAGAGAACCUGCAGCAGUCUACACAGCCUGGGAAGGGCAACAACAAGCACAACAAGCAUCAUGUGACUUCUGUAACGCAACUUCAUGUGGGAGAGAACUGCAUCAAGAACUCUGAAUGUGACAUGAGUAAUGAUUGCACAGAGAAAAAACUCUAUAAAUGUACUGAGUGCAGUAAGUGUUUCUCACAAAAGCGAAACCUUCAAUACCAUCAAAACUUUCAUACUGGGACGAAACCAUACAAGUGUCCCGAAUGUGGUAAGUGCUUCAUAUGGCCCAGUAGCCUUCGUGAGCACCGUGCCACACACACAGGAGAAAAACCAUACAAAUGUACUGAAUGUACUAAGUGUUUUACACAGAGGCAACAGUUAGAAUACCAUCAAAAUUCACACAGAGGGACUAAACCAUAUAAAUGUUCUGAAUGUGAUAAAUGUUUCACACAAAAGCAACACCUAAAAUACCAUCAGAAUUCUCAUGUAGGGAAGAAACCGUAUAAAUGUAGUAAAUGUGAUAAGUGUUUUACAUGGCCCAGUAAUCUACGAGAGCACCAUGCCAUUCACAAAAGAGAGAAACCUUAUACAUGUACUGAAUGUGGUAAGAGUUUUACAAAGAAGCAGCAGCUAGAAUGCCAUCAGUACUCUCACACGGGGGUGAAACCAUACAAAUGCACUGAGUGUGGUAAAUUCUUCACAUUGCUUAGUACAUUUCUAGAGCAUUGUAUUAUUCACACUGCAGAUAAACCAUAUAAAUGUGUUGAAUGUGAUAAGUGUUUUGCACAAAAACAACAGUUAAAAUACCAUCAGAGUUCUCACACAGGACAUAAACCAUAUAAAUGUACUGAAUGUAGCAAGUGUUUCUCACGUGAGAGUAGUAUGAUACGACAUCAGUAUAUUCAUGUAGAGGAAAAACCGUAUAAAUGUACUGAAUGUGGGAAGGGCUUCACAUGUUUUAGUAGUCUUCAGUUGCAUCAUACCAUUCACUCAGGAGAGAAACCAUACAAAUGCCCUGAAUGCAAUAAGUGUUUUGCACAAAAAGCACAUCUAAAACGUCAUCAGAACUCACACACGGCAAAGAAACCAUACAAAUGUCCUGAAUGCAACAAGUCCUUUUCAGACAAGAGUAAUUUGCAACGGCAUCAAUAUACUCAUAUGGAGCAAAAACCAUAUACAUGUACUGAAUGUGGUAAGAGUUUCACACAAAAGGAUCAAUUAAAAUGCCAUCAGAACAUGCAUACAGGGAAUAAUCCAUACAAAUGUACUGAAUGUAAUAAGUGUUUCACAUAUCUCAGCAGCUUUCAGCGGCAUCAUACCACUCAUACUGGGGAGAAGCCAUUUAAAUGUACUGAAUGCAGCAAAUGCUUUUCACAAAAGGGUAAUUUGCUACAACACCAACAGACGCACACAGGGGGAAAAACAGUUUGGGACAAGAAUGUGAUAUAAAAGUACUUGAGCAAGAGGGAGUGUAUAAACAUUUGAAAAUUGAUGAAUGAUCAG